AUGAAGUCUGCUUCAAAGUCUGAUGAAGAUUCCUGUCCUGACUGCCAGGUGCAACUUAAGGGAGCCCUAAAAAGCCCACUCAGAAGCAUGCCAACCAGAGUGGAAGGACUGACAAAAAGAAGACUGGCUGCUAAUGCCAGGGAGAGGAGAAGGAUGGAAGGACUGAAUACAGCCUUUGAUAGCCUAAGGAAAGUGGUGCCACAGUGGGGAGAGGACAAGAAGCUCUCCAAGUAUGAGACUCUACAGAUGGCGCUCAGUUACAUCAUGGCUCUGAACAGGAUCCUUUCAGAGGAAGAGAGAUAUGGAGAUGGAGGGGACUGGUCUGCACUUCAUCAGUGUGAACAAUUCCACCAAGACGACUAUCAGAACUACCUGGAACUUGGUUCUUCAGAUACGUGUGAUCAUUUCUUCACAAAAUCAUUUUCCCACUAG